AUGGGAGAAGAGUUUGGAUGGGGAGUGAUGCAAGAAGGGUGGAGGAAGGGACCUUGGACAGCUGAGGAAGACAGGUUGCUCAUCGAAUAUGUAAAGUUACAUGGUGAAGGAAGAUGGAACUCUGUUGCUAGGCUUACAGGAUUAAAAAGGAAUGGAAAAAGCUGUAGACUAAGGUGGGUAAAUUAUCUGAGGCCAGAUCUCAAGAGGGGCCACAUCACCCCUCAUGAAGAAUCCAUAAUUCUCGAGCUUCAUGCUAGGUGGGGAAACAGGUGGUCGACAAUUGCGCGAAGCCUACCAGGAAGAACUGACAAUGAGAUCAAGAACUACUGGAGAACCCAUUUUAAGAAGAAAGAUAAAACGUCCUCAGACAGCGCCGAUAAGGCAAAAUCACGACUCCUCAGAAAACAUCAGUUUCAGCAGCAGCAACAGCAGCAGCAGCUUAACCAAGUAGACAUGAAGAAGAUCAUAUCAUUGCUUGAUGAAGAAGGUUAUAAAGUGCCUUGUGUUGCUCAGGUGAGCCAAGAGAUGGCCAAUUUCUACCCCAGUAACAUAGCUGAGGAAUUGCAAGGCAUCUUACACCCAUAUCCAGUGUUCAAUGCUUGCGCUUCUGUGCCAGCUCAUGAGGCCAUCACUGAGGAAAACAAUCAUAUUCUAUGGGAUGGGCUGUGGAACUUGGAGGAUCAUGUGCAUGGAAAUUUUGGAAUGGCUUGGGCUGCAAAUUGCAGAAGUGCCCUCCAGGGAACUCUAUCUUAUCCCUUCUACUGA